GCAACAUAGACAGGGUGUUCUACAGAAACCAUAAUCAAAAGAUCAGCAAUGUUUUGGCCUAUAUUACUCACCCUUCAGGCUGUGUGCACCGUUGUGUCACAUGCUAUGCAACAUUACCCUGCAGCCUGGGGACACUAUGACGUGUGCAAGUCCCAGAUCUAUACUGAGGAGGGCCUUGCAUGGGACUACAUGGCCUGUCAGCCAGAAGCCACCGACAUGACAAAGUACCUGCGAGUGGCCCUUGACCCCUCAAACAUCACGUGUGGAGAUCCGCCCGAGACGUACUGCGCAUUGGAGAAUCCUUAUAUGUGCAACAAUGAAUGUGAUGCUGCAACAGAGGAGCUUGCUCAUCCUCCUGAGCUGAUGUUUGACUUUGAAGGUCGAAAUCCUACUACUUUCUGGCAAUCAACAUCAUGGAAAAAAUACCCAAAACCUCUGCAGGUCAACAUUACGCUCUCCUGGAACAAGACUAUCGAGCUAACUGAUGACAUUGUUAUUACAUUUGAGUCAGGCCGCCCAGAGCAGAUGGUCCUAGAGAAGUCACUUGACUAUGGACGUACCUGGACCCCUUACCAGUUCUAUGCCACUGACUGCCUGGAUGCUUUCACCAUGGAACCCAAGACAGUGAAUGAACUGUCCCAGCGCACACUGCUGGACAUCAUUUGUACUGAGGAAUACUCCCGAGGCUAUGUGUGGAAGAACGACAAGACCGUACGCUUUGAGAUAAAGGACCGCUUCGCUUUAUUUGCCGGACCUCGGCUACACAAUAUGGCUUCACUCUACGGCCAGCUUGAUACUACUAAAAAUCUGAGAGAUUUCUUUACAAUCACAGAUCUAAGGAUUAGACUUCUAAAGCCAGCUACUGGAGCCACCAUGGUGGAUGAGAACAAUCUAUCCAGAUACUUCUACGCUAUAUCUGAUAUCAAGGUACAGGGCAGAUGCAAGUGCAACCUGCAUGCCAACAGCUGUGUGUUUGACAAGGGGAAGCUGGGCUGUGAGUGUGAACACAACACCACAGGGCCAGACUGCAGUCGCUGCAAGAGGCACUACCACGGAAGAGCCUGGAGUGUGGGCUCCUAUCUCCCAAUACCCAAAGGAACCGCAAAUAUAUGCAUUCCCAGCAAUCAUGGAACAGUGCAUCGAGCAAAUGCUUCAUCUCUCGGUGUUGCAAAUCGCAACCAAGCUCGGGUAUGUGACAAUGCGAUGCUGCGCUGUCAGAAUGGUGGAACAUGCCACCACCAUCAGCAGUGCCACUGUGCCCCUGGCUUCACAGGCGUCCUGUGUGAAAGGGCUAGAUGCCAGGGUCCCGGAGAGUGUGAUGACCAGCUAUCUGGACGGGCAGCCCUCCAUCAUCACUCUGUAGACCAUCCACUUUUCCUUCCCCUUUUAACGGUCCUACUUUCAAUUGUUUCUCUUUGCUGAGAAGCUUGAACCAAAAUCCCUGAAAUCAACCCCCAAGACAAGAAAUGCUGAGAGAGUCCUUUCAACUUUAUGAACAUGAAAAAACAAAGUGUUUGUCCUCAGUAUAACCAUUUUUUUUAUUCCAAGACCAAGUUGUUGGGUGAAGAAAAGAGAUGGGCAAGCAGUUUCUUGAAAGGCACAGUGAAAGAAAGACUUUUUUACCUCACAGGAAAAGACUGUAGAUGCCAUUGCUUUGUAAAAAUGUCUUUCUCUUUUGCCUCUUCAUAUAAAGACUGGACAUUCUCUCCUUAGGCAAAAUCUAUCCAGAUUGUGAUGGCAAGCUCUGCAGAACUAGACACAAGUUAUCUUGUUAUCAAUUUAAGUAUUCCGAAAAAAUAUUUAUUGUGAAGAGAGACCUCUUAAAGUGAUUUUUGAAUUUUUUGAAGUGAGGAUAUACAGAGAUAUGAGUAGUAGGAUCCUUACCUGUUUAAGAUUUAUGUCAUAGUUAAGUUGAGUUUGAUUAAUGGUGAUUAAUCUCUCAGGUUGAAGGCUAGUACCUUUUCAGACAGAAAACAAAGUUCACCGCAUAGUAAAUCCCCUUAACCCGCUAUUUGAUCAUUUAAUGAUUAAGCAAAUUCCUAAACACCUGGGGACUAUAUUAGUCCAUGAGAAAACGGAAUUUUUUUUUUAGCGAGUUAAGGUUUUCUUCGGCAACCAAAUUCGUAGCCAGGGUUCUUCAAUUUCCACAAAGUCUAUUUUCUCUGCUUCGACACAUUAUAGUCAAAUUAUCAGUCAUUAGCAGGACUUUGAAGAAGUUGCAUAAAUACUAAGGAGGUAGUUUACCUAUGUGAUUGUACUAUUUACUGGCUAAUUACCCCUUUCAAAUGGCUUCUGCCUGCUCUACUGCCAUGAUUCAUCCGACUAGUGAUAUAAUUUCCUAAAACUUCAACGCACCUUGGCAUUAAAUCAAAAAUAUUACUCGAUCUUAUCAAGUUUAGAUUUUUAAACCAUGCUGGGGGAGAUGAUGAUGAACAGGUAUCUUGAUACUGGGGGCAGCCUUUGGCAACCAUAAGUAUAGGUAGUAUUAAGGACUCAGCUAUGGACGCUCUGCAUUUUAAAAUGUUUAAUUUUUGUCAAUGAAAAUCAAAUUGUUUAAAUGGUAUCCCUCUAACAUUGUGUUCAACUUGUACAGAGAUGAUGCUACUUUUAGCUCACAGCAUGUACAAUUAUAAAUAUUUUCUGCUGGAGUUAUUUUAAAUUUAAAUAACCAGCGGCACCAGAUGUCCCCUCUGUUAAAGUGUCUUCUUAGCAAGAUGAAAUGACAUGAAUGGAGCAAGUUAUUUCUAUAUUAUCCUUAUGUAGAGACUUGUUCAAGGGUCAUAAACAAGGCAGGCCCAAAGUCGGUCCUUUAGGGUUGCUUUCCUGUAGGUUUUAGAGGUUUCCCUGCUUCAGCACAGCUGAUUUCCAUUGCCAGCUAAUUAUCAGUCUUUUGCUGAGCUGUAAUAAGCAGAAUCAGCUGUGCUGACCCCGGGAAACAUUGAAAACCUGUAGGACAGCGGCCCUCAAGGACCGUCUUUGGACAUACCUGGACCAUAAGAGGGAUGCAUAUCAAAUGCAAAUUUAGUGAUUUUGACACUGCAAGUACUGGUGCAGUGAUCUCAUGGAAAGAGCGUAGCAAACUUUUGCAGUUUAAAAAUCUAAACUUCUCUGUUAAUUCACAUCUGAAUAACCAAUCGCGGACUUAAUGUUGUGACCUGAGGUUGAGUUGCAUAGAUGUAACAAAGCAUUUUUAAGUAGGCAGGCACUGCUGUUUGGCUUUAUAUACUGAUCUAUUGGGCACAUAAUAUGCAAUAAAGGCAAGCAGAUUGUUGCUCCUUCUGCUUGAUCAUUCAGUGAAACUAGCUGGGUGGAAGUUACAGCUGUUUCAGUUGUGUGGCAAGGUGUUUUUAGAUAUAAUCAAUACAUUUGAUUUAUUACUGUUAUCUGUGACACUAAAUUUUGCCUGUUCAAAAGUCUUAUUCAAGAUAGCUGGAGUUAGAUUUUGUUUGGUUA